UAUGGUGAGUAUGGCCGAGCGAGAAAGGUGAUGCCCGGGAAGGUUUUGGAUGUAGCGACCGGAGGAGAACUUGUACUGUAACUGUGUUUAUCAGUGUGUAAAUAAAAAAUCACGAAGCAAGAAUACAGUGGGCAUUUAUUUGCAAGGAGGAAAUGGAAGGGGAUCAACCCCCGAAGUCACGAACAGCGCAUCCACAUCGUGUCAAAAUGGGAAAGCUCACACUAACUGCAGGUCUCUGUUUGAUCUUCGCCAGCUUGGGUGUACCUGGCCAUGCGAGACAUCUCGGAGGUUACAAAGUAGGAUAUGGAAACCCCUGUUAUGGAAGACAAGAUGGGAAAUACCCAAACCCCAAUGAUCCACAUUCGUUUUACAACUGUGUUUGGGGACACACCUACGUCCAAAAAUGCCCCAAAAAUUUGGUGUAUAAGCAUUCUAUAACUACUUGUUACUAUCCCGGAUCAUCUGAAACCAGCAGUACUUCUGAUGAAACUACCACUAGUCCUCCCACAGCAGCUCCCAUGACCACCACCAGUCCUCACACCGCAGCUCCCAUGACCACCACCAGUCCUCCCACCGCAGCUCCCAUGACCACCACCAGUCCUCCCACCGCAGCUCCCAUGACCACCACCAAUCCUCCCACCGCAGCUCCCAUGACCACCACCAGCCCUCCCACCGCAGCUCCCAUGAACACCACCAGUCCUCCCACCACAUCCUCCCACGACCACCACCAGUCCUCCCACGACCACCACUAG